UAACUCAUCAAGAAAUCUGACAAACGGCGAAAUAAGAAACGUCUCCAAGAUUCCCUCUGCUUUGGCUUCUCAGUUCUCAUCCACCACCGCAAUCCGCAACCUCUACUUUCACCAUGAAGAGAAAGUCACCGGAAUCUCUCUCCUCCGGCCACCACCACCACCACCGUGGCUUCAAGAUCCUCCCACUUCCCAUCACCUUCCCAUCGCCCUCCUCCACACUCUCUCACCCCUUCAACUCCACCGCUUCACGCCCUCUGUCACCGGAAACCACCAACCCUUCAUCGCCGCCGUUUCACCCGUCUUUCUCCGGCCCCUCCGCAGUAGCUUUCGGGAUACAACAAGACAGCCCUAGUUCCAAGAAUGAAACUGAAAUUAAUGGCGGCGAUAACGAAGAGGCAGUAAGCGUGGAGAAAUGUGGAAACGGGAUAGCAAUUCACUUGAAAUGCCCAUGUGGCAAAUCUCAUCGGAUUCUUCAAGCUGGGAACAACUUUUACUACAAUUUGAUUUAAUUAGCUCCAUCAAUUCUUUUUUUCUUUCUUUCUUUACAGGUGAUAUUAUAUUUUCUUUUUUUCUUUGUCCAGAUAAUAGAAGAUUAAUUCACAUAAAUUUUCAGAUUUUAAGAAACAGGUUAAGCACAUUAAUUUUCUUGUAAACGUACAAUGGCCAUCAUAUCCAUCCUGGAGAUAAUAAAUUUUGCGUCUUCUUUCCUUUA